AUGCCCAAAAAGCAUCAUAGGUCUACUUUCACCAAACCGGCUAGCACCGCUCACCAUACCCUAGCUUCCUCUGGCCUCCGAGAGGAUCGUUUCCGGUCGUCAGCAAGUGAGCAACCAUCCGUCAACGAUCUGAUCAACCACCUCCGCCGUACCCAGGUAUCCAGCUCUCCUUCCGACGAUGGUACCAGAACUCCCUUCAGGACAGUCGCACCGCGAUCUGUCCAUCCCUCGCUGCGGAACUUAUUAGAACUCCCCGAAACACCACCUCCCCGCCCUCGUCCGGAUGCCCGCCGCGCCGGAGUUGGUGGGCGACGGGUGAGAAGGACCCCUGGACCACCGCCGCCUGAGAGCUGGCUGCUGGGAAACUAUUCGCAUGAGAAUCCAGAGGAAACUGGUGUGGGAUCCGGUGCGGCGGAAACCGAGAGAACCAUAUAUCGCCUCGAUCGCCUCCCGGGGACGACAUUUCCCCGAAGAAGCACCCUGCUACAUAUGCUGCUGAAAUCUAUGGCUUUGCAUUGGGUCUGGCAUCUCGAAUAUGAUGGGCAGUUCCUUGCACUCCUACCUAGUCAUAUCAAGAUGCUACUACUCAGCUAUAUCAGCAUUCACUCGAGAGACCAACCAUUGCGGGGUAUGAUGCAUGGUCUAAGACCGCUGAUUGAGAAACAUCAGCCUGAAGCAGACAAUAUAUCGCAGGAUAGUGAUUUGGAGAUAAACCGCUUGGAUUUAAGCGGUGCGGUGGGACGCUGGAUGACCUGGAAACAACUCUCUACCGAACUGCUUGUGUCCGCGAAACCCAGGACCGUGCAACAUACUACGAAAAAGCCCAUCCCAGCGUCCUGGGACGAUGAAAUAAACGAGGAUGAUGGUCCUGCCAUCUCUAGAGAUACGCUCCUCCCUAAAGCUCUCACCCAAGGACUGCGCUUUGAGAAUCUCCGUUAUCUCUCGCUAGCACAUCCAAUCCCAUCUGCUACUGACUGGAACUCGCUCAUCAACCUCCUCUCCCGCCUCUCGACCAUAACGCAUCUAUCAUUAGCACAUUGGCCCGUUCCAACAGUCACGCCCAAUGCCGUUAAUGCCAGUGUACGACACCCAGCACAAAGGUCCCUAACCUUCGCCUACGGUGGCACAGACGCAUAUUCCUCAUUCGAGAACAACUGGGCCGAAGCAGCCGGUAUCCUGCGGCGGCUCUCCCGCGCAACUUACUGUCUGAAAUGGCUCGACCUGGAAGGCUGUGGCGACUGGGUUCCAGCACUGAAUUGGGAUGGCGUUGGGCCAGAUGGUGAGGCGUACGUCGCCGGUCCAGAAUGGAAUGGGUCAUGGAGAGACAUUGAGUUUGUCCGUCUGGGCCCGGGAUGGCUUCCUCAUAUUGAUGAUAGCGAGCUACUACCUCUUCCCCCCUCUUCUGGACAAUAUGGCGCUGCAUCUUCAUCUCACACGUCGCCACCUUCCGUGCCCCGUUCUCUAGCAUUCUCAAUGCAUGCUCCGUCUCCUGAUCAGCCGACGGAUUCUGAUGAUCUCCCAUGGGACGUGGAAGUGGAACGGGUCAGGUAUCGUCGCGAGAAGGAGUUGGAACGAUAUGGGGAAGCCGUAAAAGCUGCAAAAGCAGUUCAGCAGCGGGUGCAGCGGGUGAGAAAGGCGGGCAAGGGAAAGUGGGUUCAUUUUUCUUUCGGAUUAGAAGGGUUAGAAGACGAUGCCCUUAGACGGUUGCUCGGGAAGGAGUAUCUGAGUCUUCUACCUUGA